AUGAUAACUACCAAUAGAGAUUUGAUUUCUUCAACAACUGAUUCUGCUGAAUACUCAUAAAACAUACAGCUUUCAAAAAGAAAAAUUGGCAACAAAUAAUUCUCAUUAAGCUUCUUUGCUUUAAGAAAAUAAGAACUUAUUAAUAAAAGAAGUUCAUCUUAUUAUUCACCUAAUAUAAGUAUUUCUAAGAUUAAACCAGUGAUUGAUUAUAGAUCUAAAUUUUAAGAAAACACAAAAAAAUUGAUCAUAAUUCUUAGCUUUUUUUAAUCACUCUCUUAAUAUUCAAAAGAACAACUCAGAUAACGUAUUGAAUAUUUCAAAUAAAAAAAAUAAAAUAUCUUACCAUUUUACCCUGAUCAAUACUUUAUAAUCAAAUGGAAUUCAUUCAUCUAAUUACUAUUAUUUUUUUAUGCAAUUAUAUUUCCAUUAUAAUUGGCUAAUCAAAUUAAUGUAGAUUAAAUUUUAAUUGGAAUUGAUACAAUCUUUGCAAUUGAUAUAAUGAUGAAUUUCAUUACAGCAUACAUUGAUGAAAAUUAUAAUUUGGUUAAAGAAUUUAAAUUAAUAUUCUUCAAUUAUCUCAAAACUUGGAUGAUUUUCGAUCUUAUAUCAUUACCUUAAUAUUAAUUAUAAAUUCAAUAAUCAGAACUUCAAUUAUUUAAAUUAUUAAGAUUAGUCAAAUACUUUAUUAAAAAACCAUAAAAAAACUAUAAAGGAUAGAUCUUUUACACAACCACUAUUAAUGACUCUUUCUCUUUAGAUAACAAUUAUUAUCUCUCAGAAGGUUGGAUAUUUUUAUUAAAUGUCAUUCUUAAUGCAUUUCUCCUUAUACAUAUCUUUGGAUGCAUUUUUCUAUUUCAUGACAAUAAUUUCAAUUAUAUUACAAGUGUAUAUUGGUCAUCAUAAACCUUAUUUACUGUAGGAUAUGGUGAUAUAUCAUAAAACUAUUAAAUAUCAGUUAUCUGGAUUAUAGUUUCAAUUGGAUAUUAUUCAGUUAAAAUUGGUGAUUUUGCUAAAUUAUUAAUGUAAUCUAAUCUAUCAAAUGAUGAUAAUUAAUAUUACUUAUUUGAUCGUUUAGCAUUAUAAACUAAAAUGCCAGAAGAUUUAAAAGAUUCAGUCUUAAAAUACAUUAAAACAAAUGCAUAAUACAAUCAAUUUUGGGAUUAGGAUAUCAUUCAAAUGGUUAAUGAAUUCCAUAAACCUAUUCAAACUUAUUUUACCUUAAGUGUAAUGUUAGAUUUAUGCAUUAAAAUUUAAUUCUUUUUAUAGGAUGUUAAUCAUACAUAAAAUCUUUUAAAAUUUUGUAAGUUUAUAACUUAUGAAAAAAAUGAAAUUAUCUAUAGAAAAGGCUAAAUAUCUGAUGAAAUCUAUUAUUUAAUCAAAGGUGAUGUUAGAAUUCUAUCAAAAAAUAAAUAUAAUAUAUUGACUAUCUUAUAAGGUACCAUUUUUGGAGAAUUUGAAGCAUUAAAUGAAUAACCUCGAUUUACUUUUGCAAUUGCUAAAUAGAGAUCUAUUAUUUUAAUUGUUUCAUAUAAAUCAUUUAUUUAAUGUUUUAAGCAAAGUAAAAUUAUUAACUUUGAGGUUUCUUAAUUAUAUGCAAGAAGAAAACAAUUAAUACUUUAAUAGUUUAAGCUUGAAAAAAGUAUAAAAUUAAUUAAUUUAGAUAAAAAGUUGAAUUAAAAAGAUUGAAACGAAAAAAUUUAAUCAUUUUUCAAGAAAAUGACAUUUCUCCUGAAUUCAAUAAGAGAAAAACUAAUGAAAAUCAAUUAUAAACUAAUUAAACUUAUCAUUAUAAUUUUUUAAAGAAAAUUAUAGGAUAAGCAAAAUUAAACAAAUAAAUUGUUUUUUAAAGAUUUUAGUUUUGUGUAAAUAGAGUGAUAGAUUAUUUAAGAUAGAUAGAUAUUACUCCACCAGAAGAUUGGAAGGAUUUAAAUGAAUAUAAUACUAUUACUAAAGUCAUUCCAUUAAAACUAUUAUAAUAAAGGAAUUCCCUUUUUAGAUAAUAAAAUCGUUAAUCAAACUUCUCUAUGUUAUCAUUCAAUAAGAAACUAAGACUUUCUAAUUAUAUAUUAGUAAGAUAGUAGGAAAUAAAUAUUCAAAGAAAAAUAAUCUUAUUUAGCAAAAUGUAGAGGGAAAGAUUUAAACCAUUAAAAUAAAUAUUUGAGAAAUAUGAAUAUGCAUUUAGUAAUAAAUCUUCUGAAACAAAUAUACCUAAUUUUGAUAAUUUUAGUUCUUCAAAAAUUGUUUUAUUGUAAUCCAAAUAUUAUUAAUUGCGAAUUACAAAAUAAAAUGAAGAAAUUAAAGUUAAUAAGAACAUUGUUAAUAGUAUAAAAAAACUUAGUUAAGAUCUUUCAUUAAUAAAUGAUAUUUGGUUGUAAGGAUCACUGAUUAAAUUUGAUUUGCAUAAAUAUUUAAAUUAAAAUUGA